GCACCUCCUCUUGCUGACGACGCCCACCGCCAACUCACGCGUCGACACAGCGGAGAUACCCUCCCGCCGUACCAUGGCACCCGCCGAGAAAGACAAGACAGCUAAUGGAGAGCCCAAGCAGCGACGCCGCCCGGGUCGUGUCCCAGUCUCGUGUGCCGAGUGCCGCCGCUUGAAGCUGAGAUGCGACCGCAAGGUACCAUGCGAAACAUGCGUGAAGAGAGGAUGUUCUGCGAUCUGUCCGGAGGGCUCGUUGACGACAGGCAAGGGGAGCCGCCUCGCGCUAGCGGACGCGGAGGAACUGCACAAGAAGAUCGAGCGCCUACGCGAACGCGGCAACAAACUGGAGGAGGCACUCCGGACGCUCCAGGCAGCCGUCUCUGACGAGCAGCAUCCCCUGCUACGGGAGAGACUGCCAUGGACACUUCCCCGGCAUCCGGGUCGAGCGGCUCAUCCCCUUCAGGGCCAUUGCUCACUCAGGAGGACGAGGAGAUCCUCGAUGCAUUCGGUACGAUUACUGUUGACACUUCAAGGACCAUUCGUUACCUUCCCCAUAGGAACGCUCACCUUGGGCAUACGAGGGGAAGCAAGAUUCUUUGGCCAAACGUCGCGCUCAGAGGCACCGACGCGGACCGUCCCCGCCCCCAACUCCUUCCCCCGCCUCUCGCCCGAGCUCGUCGCAGAGGCGCAAAUCGAGCUCGACGUGCGAUGCCACAACCUCACGAUACGACAGGAAACCCAGGCGAUGAUGCCCUCGCUCUCGCAGGCGUGCCAUCUCUGCGAGAUCUUCAUGGAGUCCGGGCAGUACUUAUGGUACCCCAUGCCCCGAGCGGAGCUGUUCGACGACAUCCUGGGGAGUGCAUACAAAACGCACGAGGGUGGUUGCAACAUCGCGUCGACACACGCGCUCGCGGUCCUCUUCAUGGUCUUCGCGCUCGCGACGCUCUUCGACCCGAACCUCGCGCCGUACUCCAUCGAGGCGCACGAGUACUACCUCCUCGCGCGCAUCUGUCUCCGCUGCGCGCCGGCCAUCCACGACACGACGCUAUUCUCCAUCCAGAGCUUGGUACGCGCAUAUCUCGAAUUGAGCGACUGCGAACCGGCGCAUACGGGCUCGCACAAGGCGUGGCUGACGAUCGGUCUCGCUGUGAAACUCGGACAUGGACCGACUGCAACUCGAACGUAUGCAGACGUCAACAGCAAUCGAUGGAAGCUCGACGAUGAGAACAGCCAGAGGAGAGCACGGGUGUUCUGGCAGCUGCUCAUGCAGGAUACUUGGCUGAGCUUCGGAUUUGGGCGACCUCCCAGCAUGUGUCUCUCCUUCGUCGACUGUCCCUUUCCGAAAGACCCAGAAGAACGGACGAAUGCACAAGGCCAGAAAGAGGGCGGGUUCCACGCAUGGACUUGGCAAUACACGAAGCUCCUGAACAAGAUUAUCUUCUCCGUGUUCGGCGCGAAGACGCCACAGUACUCGUCCAUCCUGGAGUACGACCGCAUGAUCCGUGACUUCCCCGUCCCCGCCAACCUGCGACCGAACUGCGGCCAACACUGUGGGGAGCCGGCCGACCUGCCCGUCCCGCAGUUCACGCAGCGCUUCUGGACGCUGACGCAAAAGGAGGCCACGCUCCUGAGCCUGCAUAGACCGUGGUUCGCGCAGGCUCUGCACGAGCAGCCGGGGGACCUCCUUCGACACCGGUACGGCCCGUCGGUCAUGGCCAUAUACCGGUCUGCAUGGCGGAUUAUCGAGAGUGCCAGGGAGGCGCACAAGCGUGCGGGCGUUGUCACUUCGAGGCUGGGGAUUGUGUGGUCCCAGUGUCUUGCUGCAGGGAUCGUGAUGUGUCUUUUGGUCACGCGCGCCCCGACGUCGGCCCUCGCGGUGUCUUCGCUGCAAGAACUCGAUGUUCUCGUCGAAGUAUUUGAGAAGGCUGCCACCAGGAGCCAGAUCGCUUCCAACAACCUGGAGGUCAUCCGGAAGCUCCGCGGGCAGGGCUACGAAGUGCUCCACAAGCCCCGCACUCCGGGCGAGUCCAGUACGAACGCAAUAAAUGACCGGGAACUCGACCGCCUCGGGGGCAAGACGCACCUCAUCUCGUCCAUGCACGAACCUCCAUUGGUGUGCGUACCUCAGGGCUCUGGCGCCCUGUCCUCCUCGUCGCCCGCGAGCAGCAGCUCGAACGCGGUGUCAUCGGACAUGAUCCACCCGACGAUCAUGCAGGAUCUCCGCGUCUUCGAGGGCAUCGACGCCGCGAGCCUGAAUGUCGGCUCGUCGUCGUCGGUCGACAUGAACCAGUUCAACUUCGCGUACGUGUUCGACGGACUGCGGCAGCCGCAACAGGGGCAGGAGAUACCGCUGCAACAAAUGCAGAUCCCCCCACAGCAGAUGCAGCAGCCGCCGGUGCCGGGCCCGGAUAUCUUCGACGAGCUGUUCGGGGCACAGGCCUUCCCGCCGGAGCCGGAGCCGCCUGUGGGCCCGCCCGUGCUGGAUGCUACAUGGCAGUCAUUCAUAGAGCAGCUGGGCUUUUGAGAGGGACUCGGUGGGAGAUUCAUGUACAUUUACACAUAUACUGUUACAGAUUCAGACUAAUGCAGGCCGUCAUGCGCCUAUUCUCCACUCGC